ACUUCGGGCGCGAGCGCAUGAGGCUGUACGUGUGCUCCACAUAUAGCCCAACAGCACCCCCCAAAGCUCUUCACACCAACACGCGCCCACACCUGCUGUCACCGAUAUAUACCCUGGACCGGACCGCGAGCCGCACACUUUUUGUGCUUUCGUUUUACAGAAAGGGUACACUUUACCUAACAGAGGAAAAAUAGCCGACGGCUUGAUUGUACAUUACCGAUCUUUUCUUCUUCGUAAGCAAGUCAACAUGCCGGGACGUCCGCUGUGGCAGGUUGCUGGAAAACGCGAUCCAGACCAGGAGGCCGAAGCUCAACUUUGGAUCGAACAAGUCAUUGGAUUUAAAUUUCCAAAGGACAUAAGCUACGAGGAUGCCCUGAGGGACGGCGUGAUCUUGUGCAUGCUGAUGAACAGACUGUGCCCCGGCAUUGUAUCGAAAGUCAACACGACCGGAGGUGACUACAAAAUGAUGGACAAUCUGAAUCAGUUCCAAAGGGCUUGCAUCAGAUACGGAGUCCCGGAAAUCGAUCUUUUCCAGGCAGUCGACCUGAUGGAGCGCAAGAACAUCUCGCAGGUCACCAACACGAUAUUCGCCAUCGCUCGCGCGGCCUACAAGCACCCGGAGUGGAGGGGCCCGUAUUUGGGACCCAAGCCCGCGGACGAAAACAAGCGAUACUUUUCCCCGGAGCAGCUGAGGGCCGGUGACACCGUGAUCGGCCUGCAAGCCGGUUCCAACAAGGGAGCCACGCAAUCCGGCCAGAACUUUGGCGCGUCUCGAAAGAUCAUAUUUGGAAAGUAAUCACUACCGGUCAUCCUUUACACAACAAAUCAAAAUAAUCCACAACAUCAAUAUGUUACACACCCACCCACACACACACACACACUUGCAUUGUACUAUUCACCGCUGCACUCUUAUGGUAUAAAAGUCGCUUGAAAAUUGAGUGGAAACUAUUGUAGUAUAGUUUUCCUAGCGCGUAAGAUUUUCUCAUUUUUAAUAUGAAUAAUGUUAAAGUGCGUUUCAAUGUGUUUCGUUGUAUGUUAUACCGUUUUAACGAAAAUUAUAAAGGAAACAUGGAAAAAAAAAAUAUAUAUAUAUUUAACAAA